CUCGGCUCGGCUCGGCUCGGCUCGGCGGGCGCUCCCGCUGCCUCCCGCAUGGGCGCAGAAAUGUCCUUCCUGCCUGACAUCGGGCUCUUCACUAUGGGCAUGUGGUCUGUUGGCCUUGGAGCCAUUGGUGCAGCUGUAACAGGGAUCAUCCUUGCUAACACUGACUUGUUUUUGUCCAAGCCAGAAAAGGCUACACUGGAGUUUUUAGAGGAGAUAGAGCUAAAAACUUUGGUACCAGAACAAAGAACAUUCAAGGCUGGUGAACUAUGGAAGAAGAAUGGUGCAGUGAUCAUGGCUGUGCGAAGACCUGGAUGAUUUUUGUGCAGAGAGGAGGCUUCUGAGCUUUCCUCUCUAAAACCUCAGCUGUCCAAGCUGGGUGUCCCUCUUUAUGCUGUUGUGAAAGAGAAGAUAGGGACUGAAGUGGAGGAUUUUCAGCAUUAUUUCAAAGGAGAAAUCUUUCUGGAUGAAAAGAAAAGCUUCUAUGGUCCUCGCAGACGAAAAAUGAUGAUGUCAGGCUUCUUCCGCUUUGGAGUGUGGCAGAAUUUCUUUCGUGCUUGGAAAAAUGGAUUUAGUGGUAACCUGGAAGGAGAAGGAUUCACGCUGGGAGGAGUGUAUGUGAUUGGGGCAGAAAGACAGGGUGUUCUACUGGAGCAUCGUGAGAAGGAAUUUGGAGACAAAGUCAGCCUUCCCUCUGUUCUUGAAGCUGCUGAGAAGAUAAAACCACAAGCUUCAUAAGCUUAAAAAUAGUUGCACAUGUUUCUGAUCACAGCUUGAAAUGUAGAAUGUAUCUGUUUCUUGAGCAUGCAGUUUAAUUGCUUCUUAACUAUUUAGUGAUCAAUGCAGUGGAAAGAUUCUCCAUCAAAUGUAAUAAUUAAUGAAAGGAAAACCCUUCUGAAUUUUUUUGUUAUUUUAUCACCCUUCAGGUGGUCAGAGUUUCAACUUGUCUUUUGGAUCUGACUGUAUUAAUGAAAGGCUGGGUCUAAAAUCUGACGUAGCCUAGAUGUUUUCAGUCAGAGACGGUCAGUUGAAACCUGUCUAUCUAGGGGAGCAAAACCCUGCUAAGGCUGGAGUAACCAAGUAUUAACUGAGGUUGAAGGAUAAUAAAAAUGUAUGUAAGUGAAAUGUUGUCACUUUUCACUUGUUCGUGAACGUGUAAACACAUCUGUGUCUCUAGGAAACUAAGUUCUGUCAGCCUAGAUUAUUCUGAGAUUCUGCAUUUGAGACAUUGCCACUGUUAUCAACUCAGUAAGUUUCCUGGUAGUUAACUUCUAGCUCUGGGUCUUUCAGUUCUUUGUGUGAUUCUCUGUAAGGAAGAUUAAAGACAUCUAAUGUUGACUCUCAAAGUUAAUUGUGAUAUCAGGGCAAGUUCCUUCUUGUAGUUAAGAUUCUAAAAGCAAAGGGAACAAUAUGAGAGAGCACAUGAGGUAGUGUUUCCAUCCUAGCUUAAUUUCUGUAAUAGAAUGGCUGGGGUGUUGCUUCUAGAAACAGAUGAAGUAUUGCACAAUAGAUCCUUGAGAACAAUUACUAGACAUAGCCAGAUAAAUACUUAGAUUGAAGGGUUAAAAUUGUUAGUAAAAACAUUCGAGGACAGCUUGAGUUUUCCAGAUGUGCUGACAUUUCAAAGUCUAAACACAAUGUUAAAAUUGUUCCUGUUAAAUUGGGGCAGAUUAUCAAGUGACCCAGCAGACCCGUCAGCAGCUGAAGUAUAUAAAAGGCUAGGUAUCUUCGGAAAAAAUGUUUGGGCUAGAAUACAUUAAGCUAACAAAACACUUAAAGGGUAGAAUUCGUGUGUCCUGGCAGGAGGUCAGACUAAACAGCCAUUCUGCUCUCUUCUGGGUUUAAAAUCUGUAAAAUCAUGCUAUAUCAAUGGUAUUAUCUGCAGAGAUAUUUUGCACCUCUGAAACUGAUAAUAUGUCUAUUUGUGUGCGCUAGUGUCUAUCCAUUCUGGACUACACUACACUACAAUUGACUGUUAUUCUAGUUGAAUUUUCUGGUAGAAAAUUCUUCUAGUAGAAACUUCAACUAGGUGCUUGUGCAUCUUGGCUCAAAUACACUGAUUCUCUUGGUUAGUUUAGCUACUUGAAACUUAAAAGUACCCUGGUGUUGUAUAAAGGUUUCUGAUGUGACAAACAAUAUAAACAGCAAGAACACAUUGCAUUGCUGUGCAGAUGCAAAUACCGAGACUAUUUUCUCUGUUGGGGAGGUAUGCCAUUUUAAUGAGAGUAGCACAGUAAAAUUUACAUUUUUCUUC